AUGACUAUGACUAGGAGUCAUCGAGAAAAAAUCAACAUGAAAUCAAAUAACGUUUCAAAGCAUUUUGAAAAAUAUCAACCUCAAUUAUAUGUAACAAGUAUUUUUAAUUAUACUGUAAUUAAAAAAUUAAUUCCAUCAUCUAAUACAUCUGUUCAAUGUACUAUGAAUACACCAGAAAUACAAAAUGUUAAAUGUUCAAUACCUAACGUUCAUUCAUCAGUGAAUGAUAAGUUAAUUAAAAAUAAUAUAUCAUUAAUACCUAAUUAUAAUUUAACACUAUCAAAUGAUUGGUCAUAUUUUUUAAAAAUAUACCUUGAAAAUUAUAUUGAUAAAGCAUAUUUAUUUAAUAUUACAUUAAUACCAAAAUUUAAAUUACAUGGUAACAUAAAAUCAAUAAAACAUUUACAUAAUUGUUAUGACCCAUAUUCUAUAAAUCAAUUACAAAUAAUUGGUCAAUAUUCUAAUCAAAAUAAUAUUGAUUAUAAUAAAUUAAAUGUUAAUUAUUUAAAAGACUAUUCUAUAAGAAAUAUACCUAGUCAAAAUGAUUGUGAAAAAUUAUGUUGGGCAAUUCGACAACCAUAUUUAUAUAAAAAUGGUGGAUUAUGGUUAUGGGAUAAAAAGUAUAGAAUACUUUACGCUGAUUGCAAUCAAACUUUAAUGGCCAUCGAACAAACUGGCGUAAAUGAAAUCAAUUUGAGCACUUUCACAGCAACGCGCCUACAAAGACCAAGUGAAGAACGUUUGAGAUCUGAAGGACUGCAGUUUGUUAUGCUAAUUGGGUUUCAUAGACAGGAUCGAGAACAAGCCAAAUGCAAUGCUGCCAUAAUGGGUGUGAUGGAUCUUUUAAGGAAAAAAUUGACACCAUAUAGCAUGUAG